GUAGGUACAACUGGCAGUACUCAUUUUGAAGUAAAGUAGUACUCAUUUUCGUACAAAUAUAAAUAUUCAUUUUGGAAUACGUACUCAUUCUUAAAUAACACAGUACUCAUUCUGAAAUAACACAGUGAUCAUUUUGAAUGUAAGAGCACGUACUUGCUGUUGAACUAGUAGAGUUUUCAUUGGGCAGCCUCCCCAUCGCAAAGUGCAGAGAGUAUGCUUCUUCAGCUAUUGAUAGAAAAAAUCGAAGGAGAAGGGAUCUCAGAUCUUUUACAGAAAGCUCUUACGCCCUCUUCAGCUCCACUCUCCACCGCCCCAUUAUCUAUAGGAUCUCAGAUAGAUUUUAGAUCUUUUCUUUUUCGAUCUCCUAACGCGCCUAUCUAAUUGCCGGCUGUACCAAAAAUUAGGUACAGCCGGCUGUACGGUAUAAUUUGCUAUUUUUCUCUAUAUUACCCAAUAGCAAUUACGGAGUACUCCAUCUCUGGUUUAGAUCUAUGACUGCGAAGAAGAAGACUGUACGUGAAGGGGAGCUCUGUGUUCGUGUCUCCCCUCAAAUAUAUGAUUUUAAUAAAAAUUGACUUCUCUGAAGGUAGAGCAUGAAGGUUCGGCUGCAUCGAAGAAGACGAUUGGUGAUACUUGAAGAGCAAACAGGAGUUUACAACGAUGGUGAUAUAUGUUUGAAGAACCGGCCGGAGUCCAUCGCCGUGGAGGCGGCGGCGACCCUUAUAAGUUCGUCGGAGUUAUCUAGCCAUCCUCAACAAGUCGAAGUAUCCCGGCCGUCAUUAGUAGCAGUUCAGUCGCCCGCGGAAUCCUUUCCAUCCAUCGCCGGCGAAGUUCUUCUCCUGCAAGUCGAUCUGUCCGCUGCCGUAGCUUUUCAAAUCAGUCCAGCCGUCCGUCAACAAGGAAGGAACGCGUCAUAAUUCACUGGUGGUCUGUGAUUUGAGUGGGCUGAAUUGAGUGUUUGGACAAAUUAUGUUUUACCCUGGUAUGGUUGUAUGGUUUUUCUGAUUAGCAUAGCACUUAAUCUAUUUGGUGCUUCCCAUUUAUUUUUUUUGGUGCCUACUUUAUAUGCAAUGAUGUAAGAAUACUCUUCAUUAUUUUUUUUGGGUGCCUACUUUGAUUUGAGAACCAGGUCAUAUUCGGUCCUGUCUCGGGCCGGUCUGGGGAUUACUGGUCUAGUAUGUGGUCUGGUCUCGAUCUGGUCCGGAGUUGGAUUGAUGCACAACCCUAUUGUUAUGUUGGUUAGUAUACUUCCCAUGGC